AUGUUGUCCCUCCAAUCGCUUGCCGCAUUGGUAUGCAAUGUCAUCGUCCACCUGCUGUUUCUGAAUGGAGUUGCUCCUUUGCUGCUUCGGAGCACAGUGGUGGCCGCCUUGUCCGUCUCGCAUACUCAGUCCUCUCGCCUGCUUGAAGCACGCGCAAACGAGUCCUGCCGGGACCCUUUGGUGCGCACAGAAUGGUACAUCAACUUUUCCAACCAAGUCAUGUUUCUGAUAUUUACCAAAUUCAUUGAUAGGCGCAGAAUGUCGGCAAAUCAACAAGACUCCUAUAUUGCCGCAUUAAAGUGCAUGCUAGAAAAACCAGCAGAGGAGUACCCCGUCGUCCCAGCUGCAAGUAACCGCUAUGAAGAUUUCGUGGCAGCACACAUAUUCAGUGUCUGGAAUGCGCACUAUGUGGGAGCCUUUUAUCCUUGGCAUAGAUGGUUCUUGUUUCACUUUGAGAAAGAGCUUCAGUCGUGCGGGUUCCAGGGAGGGCUACCGUACUGGGACUGGACACUCGACACGACCAGCGAGCAGAAAUUCCUGGGCUCUCCCAUUUUUGAUACCGUCCGAGGCUUUGGCGGCAAUGGAGAGUACGUGCCGACGAACCAGCUGACGCCAGCGCCGACGAUGCUCCUCGCUUCUCGGCCAAAAUUAUUGGCGGCCAAUCGAACGGGCGGCGGCUGCCUCGUCGAUGGCCCCUUUUCCGGCUUGUCGUCGGAGCUGGGCCCGCGGGAUAACCUCAAGAAGAUGGGACGACAUUGUGUCACCCGCGAUCUAGGAUACGCGUACAUGUGGAACACGACCGACCUGAACCUCGUGAACACCGCGAUGAAGUUCCCAAACUUCGGCCUCUAUGGGAACAAGACCGAGUUCUCGUACCACGCGGGCGGCCAUUGGGCUAUUGGCGGUGAAUAUGCGACAAUGAGCGACAUGUGGGCUUCUCCGUUGGAUCCCAUCUUUUUUCUUCACCACUCCAAUCUCGACCGUGCUUGGUGGUCCUGGGAGACUCGGGACCUUGAUGUUCGCGUAGACGACAUUUCUGGUCCUCUAUUUACCCAAGAUUAUCACAAUAAGGAAGGAGGCAACUAUACCAUCGAUUCGAUCAUCCGGCUCGGCGUCACCAGUCCAGUGGAAGUUAGGAUUGGGGACAUUAUGCACAUACAGCAAGGACCGUUGUGCUACACAUAUGAUCAACUCUAUUAG